UGAACUACUGCACUGAAUCACACAGGUCAAUGUUAUGUACACAAACAGUGAGAGAUUUUGAUCUAAACUUAUAAAAGCGCCGUCAAACUCUUUACAUAUCACCAUCUAUUGAGUUCAAGGCUCUUUGUUUUUGCGCAUAUUUAUGCAGAAUAGCUUUUGUAAUCACUGUUUACUGCACAUGAAGUAGGUCAUUGGUAUAAGCAUGUUUCUUGUAGGGCUUACUGGAGGUAUCGCCUCUGGCAAGAGCACAGUGUCGUCUCAGCUGAAAGAACUGGGAUGUCCGGUCAUUGAUGCAGAUGUGGUUGCUCGGAAAGUGGUGGAGUUUCAGAGCCCAGCGUACAGGCUCAUCCUGCAGCAUUUCGGACGGGAGGUUUUGUUAGAGAACGGAGAGAUUGACAGAAAGAAACUGGGCCAGAUAAUCUUCUCCAACCCUGAGAAACGACGACUUCUCAAUUCCAUUACACAUCCACUGAUACAUAAAGAAAUGUUCAAACAGAUUCUGCUGUACUUCAUUAAAGGCUACAGGUAUGUGAUUUUGGAUGUGCCUCUGCUUUUUGAGACACGACGCCUCACUCGAUUCCUAAACCACACUGUUGUUGUUUACUGUGAUCCAGCCACGCAGCUGUCCAGACUCAUGCAGAGAGACAGUCUGAGCCACGAGGAAGCCCAACAGAGAAUCGCUGCCCAGAUGCCCCUCAAAGAGAAGCGUGGACUGGCCAGCCACGUGAUGGAGAACUCGGGCUCUCGUGAGGACACUCACAGACAAGUUCUCCGCUUGCACACCAAACUGGAGGACUCCAUGGAGUUCUUGGUUGUUAGGGCCGUCGCCGUGGCGGCUGUUGCCGGGCUCGGCUGCCUGUUCCUGUGUACAGUCAAACUGCUCAUCUCUUAGCACAUCAUGAACAUACAUCUUUCAUUUUAAACAAGGAAGGAUAUUCCUUCAUAUUUUAACAUUUUAAGGUCUCAUUUUGACUUCACUUGAUAACUGUCUGUCAACAUUUUCUUCUAUGACCUUAACACCACGUUUUGCCUGAGCCGUGUCUGUUAAACACCAUCCUGAGGGUGACUUGAAGGGUCCAAGUGUGUCAAUAAGCACAGAGACUGCUGUGAAUUGUACCUCUAGAUGAUAUAAGAUGUGAUAACAAAGCACUUACAGCACAUCAAACACAUUAAUCUGUGAACAACACAAUAAUUGUGAUGUUAGUCUAAUGUAAAAUAAUGUAUAAAAUGAACUGACGCUGCCACAAUAAUGCAUGUUUUCUGACCUCAAAACUACACGUUAGUUUAAAUGAGUUCACGCACAAAAUGUACUCAAUGUAUUAAUAACAUCAUCUGCUCUUUGUUGAUAUCAGAUGCUAUUUGUCUUCAUAAGAAUUAAAGUGUCACAUCAUGA